AUGCAAGAACUUCAACAAGAGAAAAGGCAAAUGAAGAACGAAAUUUUACAACUUCAAGACCAGAACAGUAACAAGAGCAGCGAGAUACAACUACUUCAAGAAGAUAAGAAUCGUACGAGUAACGAAAUGCAAGAACUUCAACAAGAGAAAAAGCAAAUAAACAACGAAAUUUUACAACUUCAAGGCCAGAACAGUAACAAGAGCAGCGAGAUUCUGAAACUUCAAGAAGAGAAAGAUCAUAUCAAUGGCGAAGUGCAAGAACUUCAACAAGAGAAAAUUAAAAUGAACAACGAAAUUUUACAACUUCAAGACCAGAACAGUAACAAGAGCAGCGAGAUUCAACAACUUCAAGAAGAGAGGAAUCGUACGAGUAACGAAAUGCAAGAACUUCAACAAGAAAAAAGGCAAAUGAACAACGAAAUUUUACAACUUCAAGAACAGAACAGUAACAAGAGCAGCGAGAUUCAACAACUUCAAGGAGAGAAGAAUCGUACGAAUAACAAAAUGCAAGAACUUCAACAAGAGAAAAGGCAAAUGAAGAACGACAUUUUACAACUUCAAGACCAGAACAGUACCAAGAGUAGCGAGAUUCAGCAACUUCAAGAAGAGAGGAAUCGUACUAGUAGCGAAAUACAGGAACUUCAACAAGAGAAAAUUCAAAUGAACAACAAAAUUUUGAAACUAAACAAACAAAGAAAUAACAGGACCAAAGAGAUUCAGCAACUCCAAGAAGAGAAGAAUACCACGAUUAAUGCAAUGCAAGAACUUCAACAAGAGAAAAUUCAAAUGAACAACGAAAUUUUACAUCUUCAAGAAGAGAAUGCUAACAUGAAUAGCAAACUUCUCCAACUUCAACAAGACAAAAUGCCCGACUUGAUUACAGAAAGUGGAUCAGUAGCGCUUUCCAACGAAGAAAUAGGAAGAGGUGCUUAUGGUGCUGUUUACAAAGGAGACUUUAAUGGAACUAAGGUGGCGGUUAAAGGAUUUCACGAAGCAAUUUUAUCUGCACAUAACUUGCGAAUUCUCGAACGCGAAAUUACUAUCGCAUCGCAAUGUCGCCAUCCGAACUUACUACAGUUUAUAUGUGCGACAAGGAAUAGUCACAAUAAUCUGUUAAUUGUAACAGAACUGAUGGAUAUGGCUUUGCGUACACUGAUUGAACAACGUAAAAAAGAAAAAUCGCGGUUGGAGUAUCAGGAAGUUAAAUCAAUUUCCCUGGAUGUUGCACGUGGCUUGAACUACCUUCAUUCAAAAAAGCCAAACCCAAUUAUCCACCGUGAUAUUGGUAGUGCCAACGUAUUGUUAUGGAUUGAAAAUGGCGCGGUAAGAAGAGCGAAAGUAUCCGAUUAUGGUGCAGCAAAUUUCAUGGAAGCGUGCAAGACAAAAUGUCCUGGAGCAGCACUUUACGCUGCACCUGAAGCCAGUUUUACUAAACAUGAUCCAAAGGUAAGUAUAUAAAAUUAUAUAAAAAUGUUAUAGAUUUCUUUAAGUUUGAUAGAAGCUGCUUUAAUUUAAAACAAUUUCUUUGAAUCCAAUUUCUUUGAUUUCCUUGAGUCCAAUUUCUCAGACGGUAUCCUAUGUCCUUUAAAAGUCCUCCGCGUUUUAGAUUUCCCAUAGCUACAUAUACUUUCAAGAAGGAAAAACUGAUAAACCUCAUUCCACGGAACGUCGUUCGUUGAAUAUGAAUAUGCCUUGUGGUUACCAUGUCCAAAAGCAAAGGUGUUGGUACGGCACACGCUGCUAGCUUUAUUAAACAUUACAACUUACGUUCUAAGAAUACACAGUUAAAUUUAUCCAUUUCCCCGCUUUACAGAGAGCUAUAUAGCGGGCUAUAAAUUGGCGCAGAAAUAAUUUAAUUAAUAAGCGCUAUUAACUCGAAACAUAAGAACGUCUGAUAUGGCAGUAAUAUCUUCAUUCGGUGAAAGGCGAUCAUCUCACAUUCGUACUAUUGAACCAUGAAUGAACGUUAUUCAUAAUAUUAUCUUUAUGCUUCAUUCCUUAAUCCCCCUUCAUUUUCGAGUUCCUCAUUCCCUAAAGUUAGCCGUUGCUAUUACGCUGCACAUCAGGAAUUUGUGGCGGCGGAACGGAGGGGCAGAAGGACUAUAGCCCCAUUCCCAAAAAAGUCUCUCCCGUUAAGCCCCCACCAAAAAAAUAAGCCCCCCUCCAAAAAAAAAAUAAGAAAAAAAUGGAUAAACUUGUAAAUAAACUUUUUAUAUAUAACAAUUGGGCAAAUUUAGAGAAAAGUUAGAGGAAAGAUGAAAGAGCACCGGCACAUGUAUUAAAAAUAUUGUUGAGUUCGUUGUAGUUGUCAUUAUUAUAUAAUUGUCAUUCUGUAUUACAAGAGAUACACACUCUGUGGAAGCAUACAAGAACUAAGUUUUAUUUUACAUCAAGUGCGUUUAUGUUACAAUGUGCUAAAUUACAAUUGGUCAGAAUAAUUGUUAAUUAUGCUAUAUAUGGUAUUACAGGAAAUAUAUUGUAUUCAUUGUCUUAAUCAUAUCAUUGGUUAACUGAACUAAAAUCACAACUAAUUACAUUAUUAUUAUAUGAAGUAUUAUGAGCAUAACUUAACAAAUAUCAACUAGGAAAUAGACAGGUCCGGAACAUUUCUCGUUUUCUCAAUUUCCACCUGUGUUGAUGUAACUGCAUAUCAACACGGAAAAUGUUUUAUAUUUGCUAAUUAUAAUAUAGCAUUUGUAAAUUCUGAACGCUGAUUGGCUAAGAGCCGUGUUGAUAUAACUCAAUGUCAACACGGGAAAUUUUCCGCCGCUUGUAAACACGGAAAUUUUUCUUAUCCUUCGGGCUUUUGACAUUGCUAUAUUAUAAAAAAAUAUAAAACAUUUUUUCCGUAUUGAUAUAUAGUUAUAUCAACACUCGUGGAAGUUGGGAAAACUCGAAAUUGUAUGAAAACACUCCGCCCUUCGGGCGUCGUGUUUCCAUACAAUUUCUCGUUUCCCCAAUUCCACUCGUGUUGAUAUAACUGUAUAUCAACACGGAAAAUGUUUCAUAUUUGUUAAAUAUAUCAGUAAUAAAUAAAUUUAGAAGUUGAGAUGUCAAUGUUUUUAGUGUUUCUAUAAUGUUCUUGGUAUCAUUUAUAUAGAUCGAUGUCUUUAGCUAUGGCGUACUGGUAUGUGAAAUGUCCAUUUGUGAACAACCUGAUGCUAGUCAAGUUGGGCGAAAGAAUCAAAUAGAUAGAAUUCCAAAUGACAAUAUCAAAGGAUUGGUAGACGCUUGUAUAAGAAGAAAGCCUAGCACAAGGCCAACAAUGCAAGAUGGGAUUAAAUUUUGGCAACAUGUAUGAAGGAAUGAGACCUACGAUCCUUGAUUUUCCCCCGUUUGUUUUUAUAUUUAGUAUACUCUUCCCGUAAAAAAUGAAGGUAACACCACGGUCAAAC